GGUGGGUAGAGCCUAACAUGUAGGAGGGAUCACAUUCAUUCCUGCGCGCGAAAGGAGGGAAGAUUUCAUUGGGAAAAGCUGGAGAGGAAGAAAAGUGGAGAACCUCCACAGCGGUAGGAAGCUCUUUCAGCACCACUCGCUGGUGGACAGCGCCUGAGACGCUUCAACAUCUGGUCUGAGCUUAUACCACUGCUUCUGCGCCAGGCAAACACACAACCGAUAUUCCAUCCGAGCUUUUUUUGGAAAAAAAAAUCCACGUCCCACCCAGGCUUCGUCAGUCAUUUUUUUAAACUUUUAAAUUUCUCAUCCUAAUCUGUGGCGGGUUUCCAGCGAGAAGCAGCAGCAGCGGAGUCAGUAGCUGAGUGGAGCUGGCGCUUUCCAAAAGGGUGCAGGGAGAAGGAGAGAGGGGAAAGAAAUCAUAAAAAAGAAAAACAGAAGACAUAACCUAUUUUUUCAACUUCAACAUCACUUAUUUUAAAAUGAUUUAAAGAAACUCUGCGUGGACUCCAACACAACUUUCCUGCUUGCUUGACGGACUGAGAGAAGACCUAUAUACUUCUGGAACACCGGAGAACAGACGAAGCCGUCUACCUUUUUAUCUUGUCUGAUAAAAAAAACGUUGAACGCCAGUGAGCACACUCAGAACUAUUUCAUUUCUCUGCACAUCUGCCACCUUCAGGUGUAGGAAAACGCAGAGAGACAUCAAAAAAAGAAGAAAAGGAUAUAGAAGGACAUAGAUAAACACUUAAAUAGUAAUUCUGAGUUUGUAUUAGAACAAGAAACCAUGGAAGGAGAUUUUUAAAGUCCACUUGGCUCUGAAAAGUAUUGCAGCACUGCUCUUGGAUAUUUGUAUGUGUGUUUGGGUACAUGUGAGCAAACCUCUUUUACUUUCAAAGGACCUGCAUUUUGUGUGGAUGCGGACUUAGUCUUUCAUUAUGACUCGGCAAGGAGGCUUUGAGAGAUUGUGGAAUGGCUGCCACAGAGACGUUUGCUGCUGGGUCUUGUUGCUGGCUUGUUAUUUGUCAGACGCAUUGGCUGUCAGGCCAAAAAUGCCCGGCCACACAUACCUCAACUCAAUACGCAUCGAUGGGGACAUAUCUCUGGGUGGACUGUUUCCUGUGCAUGCCAGAGGAAACGAUGGAAAAGCCUGCGGAGAGUUGAAGAAGGAGAAAGGGAUCCACCGGCUGGAGGCCAUGCUUUUUGCCCUGGAUCGUAUCAAUAAUGACAAUGAGCUGCUGCCUAAUAUCACCUUGGGGGCCCGCAUCCUGGACACAUGCUCCAGAGACACCCACGCCCUAGAGCAGUCGCUCACAUUUGUACAGGCAUUGAUUGAGAAAGACUCGACUGAUGUCAAGUGUCUCAGCGGAGGGCCGCCCAUCAUUACUAAGCCGGAGAGAGUGGUGGGAGUGAUUGGUGCCUCGGCCAGCUCCGUGUCAAUCAUGGUCGCCAACAUUUUGCGCCUCUUCAAGAUCCCUCAAGUGAGCUACGCCUCCACAGCCCCAGAGCUGAGCGAUAACACUCGCUAUGACUUCUUCUCCCGUGUGGUUCCCCCAGACACCUACCAGGCGCAGGCCAUGGUGGACAUCGUCAAAGCCAUGGGCUGGAACUAUGUUUCCACCGUAGCAUCUGAGGGGAACUACGGAGAAAGUGGAGUCGAUGCAUUUAUUCAGAAGUCCAGAGAGGAGGGUGACCUGUGCAUUUCACAGUCAGUGAAAAUACCACGUGAGCCGAGAGCUGGAGAGUUUGACAAGAUCAUUCGGAGGCUGAGUGAGAACCCCAAUGCUCGAGUGGUCAUAAUCUUCGCCAAUGAGGAUGACAUCAGGCGGCUUCUCCAGGCAGCUAAGAAGGCCAAUCAAACCGGUCAUUUUAUCUGGGUCGGUUCAGACAGCUGGGGAUCCAAAAUUUCCCCAAUCCUGAACCAAGAAGAAAUGGCGGAAGGUGCUGUCACCAUCCUUCCAAAACGACAGUCCAUUAAAGGCUUUGAUCGCUACUUCAUUAGUCGAACGUUGGAGAACAACAGGAGGAAUAUUUGGUUUGCAGAGUUUUGGGAGAACAACUUCCAGUGCAAACUCAGUCGGCACGCUGUGAAGAAAGGAUCUGGCAUUAAAAAGUGCACAAACCAUGAGCGGAUCGGGAAGGAUUCCUCAUACGAACAGGAGGGGAAGGUUCAGUUUGUGAUAGAUGCUGUUUAUGCCAUGGCUCAUGCCCUCCAUAACAUGCACAAAGACCUCUGCCCAGGGAAAGUUGGUCUCUGCCCCCAGAUGGAGACAAUUAACGGCACGCUGCUGCUCAAGUACAUUCGCAACGUCAACUUUACAGGAAUUGCUGGCACCCCAGUGGUCUUUAACGUGAAUGGUGAUGCUCCUGGUCGCUAUGAAAUAUACCAGUACCAGAUGACAAACAACACCACAGAAUACAAAAUUAUUGGUCACUGGACGGAUCACCUCUACUUGAAUGUCAGUAAGAUGCAGUGGCCUGGUGGAGAGCAGGAAGUCCCAUCCUCCAUCUGCAGCCAACCGUGCCUUCCUGGGCAGCGCAAGAAGAUAGUUAAGGGCAUCCCUUGUUGUUGGCACUGUGAAAACUGUGACGGUUACCAGUACCAGGCAGAUACUUACAGUUGCAAGAUGUGCCGGUUCGAUUUGAGACCCAACGAAAACCACACCGGCUGUGUUCCGAUCCCUAUUGUCAAGCUGGAGUGGAGUUCUCCAUGGGCGGUGUUUCCCGUCCUCAUCGCCGUCUUGGGGAUCAUGGCCACUCUCUUUGUGGUUGCCACUUUUGUGCGAUACAACGACACCCCAAUUGUAAAGGCGUCAGGUCGGGAACUGAGUUAUGUGCUGCUGACAGGUAUUUUCCUGUGCUAUGCCACCACAUUCCUUAUGAUCUCAGCCCCCGACGUGUUUGUAUGCUCUCUGAGAAGAAUUUUCCUUGGCCUUGGUAUGAGUAUUAGCUAUGCAGCUCUUCUUACCAAGACUAAUCGAAUAUACAGGAUUUUUGAGCAAGGAAAGAUGUCAGUCAGUGCCCCACGCUUUAUCUCUCCAGCCUCGCAAUUAGUUAUCACCUUUAGCUUGAUAUCUGUGCAGCUACUCGGGGUGUGCAUCUGGUUUGGCAUUGAUCCGUCGCAGGCCAUCAUCGACUACGAGGACCAGCGCACAGCCAAUCCAGAGAUGGCGCGCGGUGUCCUUAAAUGUGACAUUUCAGACCUGUCCCUCAUCUGCCUGCUGGGCUACAGCAUGCUGUUGAUGGUCACCUGCACAGUUUACGCCAUAAAGACAAGAGGGGUUCCCGAAACCUUUAAUGAGGCCAAACCCAUCGGCUUCACCAUGUACACCACCUGCAUCGUGUGGCUAGCCUUCAUCCCCAUCUUCUUUGGGACUUCACAAUCAAGAGAAAAGAUGUAUAUCCAGACCACAACCCUGACCAUUUCUGUCAGCCUGAGUGCGUCUGUGUCUCUGGGGAUGCUCUACAUUCCAAAGAUCUAUGUGGUGCUCUUCCACCCAGAGCAGAACGUCUCCAAGCGCAAGCGCAGCCUGAAGGCCGUGGUCACCGCCGCUACCAUGUCCAACAAGUUCAACCCCAAAGGUGGCCUGAGGCCAAAUGGAGAGGCCAAGUCUGAACUCUGUGAAAGUCUGGAGACACAAGACUGUGUUGAGAGAGGCGAUCCUUGUGAGGGACUUUAGACUUCAGCUUUGGCUUCGAAGCAGACAUACAUAAGCUACAGCAACCACGCCAUCUAAGAGAGUGCAGAACCAGGAGGAGCUUGGCCUGCCAGAGGAAUCCCGUAUGUUUGGAAUUUUGUUAGGAUACAGGGGGUGGAAAGAUGGGAAUUUGUCACCCCCAAAGGAUGUUGUAUCUUUUUUUGAGGGAAUCUUAAAGGCUCACAUGCCAAAAUUGAUGAUAAAUUGGAAGCUUGGAGGAGGGAGAUGUCAGCCGUAGAGUGGUAGGAAACAGUUAAUUUCCCUCUUUCCUCCCCCCCCUGUCUGAGAGGAGUGGGUGUCAGUCACUUGUGCUUUCAGAUGCAAACUAAGUGGACCUGCUGUAGCCUCCUCUGAAGUGUAUAGCACACAGUCUCAGUUCUUUCUGAGACUGAAUUGUCCGUUUUGAGAAAAAGAGAUCUGUCAACUACAGCUGACGAGAGGGAAUCUCGCCAACACAUAUAGAAUAUGCAGCAAUUAUUUUUGGUUACAGGUUUUAGCGGACUUUAACGCUGCAGUACUCUUCAAACUGUUCAUGCCUUACAACCGCACAGUCAGUGUACCCACAGGACUUUAAACAUUUGUGAAGCGCAUAAAGACAAAGCCGUGGGGUCGUCUCAGUUGUGUUAUAAUCGUUUCAUACUUCUAUUGAUGACGCCAUCAUCUUUGGGAAACCCAGUGUACAGUCUCAGAGCAUGCUUAUGGGAACAUCACACGUACUGUGUUGUGUUGUCGACGUCUAUGGAAUGCAACAUUUGUCCUGAUUUUCAUUCACGUUGGAGAUGUUGUGUUUGGGCGGAUGGUUACUUUCUGCUGAGUAAGGAGACAUCAAACUCAAAAAGAGUCCAACAAAAAGUAAAUUUCCAGUUUCUCAGUUUACAUCAAACGGCAUUUACAUGUGGAGUUUGGAAAAUGCCUAUUUUCAUCCUAAUGGCCCUUAUUUAUCAUACGUUUUAUACGAGCAUACUGUAGCAUAUUAGUAGAAUGUUUGUGAUUUAUACUACAGUAAAUGUGGUUUUAACAGUUUCCAACAUGUGCUACAGAGUUUAGCUCUGCCUUAAGGAGUUCAUUUUUAUCAUGAGAGUAAUUCACCAGAGACAGAGUAUUCUGCCCCUAAGUUAUGGCAAACGUGUUAUUGUAGGACAGUGAGGCUGUGUAAUAUAUUGGAUGGAAUGAAUUUUUGCUUUUCAUAACCUAUGAAGGACUACCCAGGCGGGAUUAUUACUGAGUAGGACAUAAAUAUUGUAUGGCCUAGUGUAUGAUAUGAUUUAGUUAGUGUCUAGGUACAAGAAAGUAUCUUUAUUCAGUGACACUUUUAAACAAGAAAGCCAUUACUUUAAAUUUGUUUUUUUAAAACAGGAUUUUGUUAACCUUUAUUAAAAACAGAAGGCAUGGAGGUUGGAUCAUUUGAAGUCAUUGUGCAUGUCUCACAAACUUCCGUUGAUAAACUGACUGUCCCACAUACUGCUCAAUAAAACUGUAAAAGCCAGCCUAGCACAUAGGAGAUACUCAAAGUCUGUGGCACCAAAGGAAGCCCAUAUUAUUGUCCUUCCACCUAAUGUCUUGACAGCUGUGAAACAGAAAACUUUGAAUGUUUAAAUUGUGCCAAAGUUAAAAAAUAAUGAACAUCUUGACCAACCAUUGGGAGACCAACUAUAAAAAUUGAAGACAGCCUGUUGUGUUUUUUUUCUUCUUCGCAACCAAUCUAAACAAAGAAACAAUGCAUGUAAAGCAUAUUUCUAACAUGCAAAGAUAGAGACAUGGCUGUCUUUGUAAAGCAGUGAGCCGAAGCAUUUCAAAAUCCAGCAGACUAAUGGGACUGACAGACAAAUGCAGUUGCUUCUCUGCAGUCUUUACUGGAACUUUUGCUUCAGUGUUUACAUUCUUUCAACUAACAUAACUCUCCAACCAUUGAGCCAAUUUGGGCUGUUAUGAAACCCUUUGCAUUAGUAAUGUGUUGGAAAUCUGGGCAAAGGCAAUAUGAAACAUGAAAAGCUGAUUUUGUCUGUGUUAGAAUCAGUGUUAAUAACAGUCGAGGAGUUAUGGCAAGUCAGCGAGUGUUAUUUAGUUUUACCUGAUGAAAUCUCCGGAAUUAAAGAGUUACUUUAAAGGACCCAGCCACCAGAAUGACAUUUUCUCCUAAAUGCUUUUUUUUUAAUUAAGUUUUUAAUUUUCGUGAGGCCCAGCGACAGACUGGCGAACUGUCCAGGGUGUACCCUGCCUUCGUCCACAAGUGGCCGGGACAGGCGCCGGCAGCCCCGUGACCCCGAAAGGGAUAAAACGGCAGUAGAUGAAUGAAUGAAUCUUCUUAACAUUAAAAAAAAGACUUUCCAGAAAGUCAUGUGGUAUCAAACAAGAUAUACUGUACAUCAGGGCCAGCCAACCCUGGUCCUCCAGAGCCACAACCCAGCCUGCUUUCCAGCUCUCACGAACCCGCUUGCUGCUGAUUUGUUGACUACAGUGAUUCCACAUCCUGAUUGACUGAACACACCUGAUUUAAGUUGUCAGCAUCAAGAAAUCCAUGGAGAGCUGGAAUAUAGACAGGGUUUUUGCCCUUGAGGACCAGGGUUGGCCAGACCUGCUGUACUUAGUCUGAAUAAGUGAUCAUUAUGGUAACAUAAUUGUAAAACUGGACAAAGGGUACAUUUUGUUGCUAUAGUAUUUAAAGGAAACCACAGUUGGUCUUCAUGUGACCCCUUCAGUUUUUGCCAGCAGAAACUAACAGACCUAUUUGUCCUCAUUAAGUUGAGUAAGAGGACGGAUCAUUUUUGCCACUAUGCAGAUCAACAGGUGAGAUCUCAUCUAUGCAUUUCUCUGUAUCUUCACACAUCCUUCUAUCUGGGUUACUAUAAAACUCCUUAAGUCCAAGCUGAACAUCUGCAGAAUCUAUAACAGUUUAAUAUUACUGUAGCAAACCCAGAGAAAAAGGCAUCAACACAAUGUUGAUAAAUAAGGGCCAGUGCCUUCAUUUUUGUGCCUCAUUACUUCGGCCAUUCUUCAACAUCAGAGGACUUUCUUUGUUUCAACCACCGAAUUUGUUCUUUAUUUAUAACCUUUAAUAAGUGUUUAAUCAACAGAUGGAUCUGCAGUUUCUUAUGUUGUAUCCCCUUGUACCACCAUCAAUGUAUCUCUUGAAUUUGUCUCAUUCAGUGUUAACCUCAGCAAUGCAAAAAAAAAAACAACAACUAUAUCUUGCAUGUCAGAGCCCAUUAAAAGCCGUGCACAAUUUGAGGAAAAGGCAUCCCGUCCAGAUGGAAAACUACUGCAGAUAAAUAAUUAGAACUUGUGUUAUUGAUGAGCUUCGAGUCUAAGGUCUUGCUGCAAAUGUUUCUCAUCAUUAAAUCAAGUAUUGUUUGUGAGAUUGUUUGUGUUUGUGAAUUUGAUGAUUUACGCUCUUUUUUUUUUUGGGCAACAAACACUUAUUUUUAUAAAAACACUGUAUAAAAAAACUGAAUAUGUAAGUGAUGACUGAAAUUAAAUGGCAAGUCAAUGUAUGUUAUUAAAAUGGAUUGAUAAUGUCUGCUUUAUGUACUAAAAUUAUUUCAAAAUCAGAAAAUAUUUCAAAAAAAGUUACAGUGCCUGGAUAUUUAUGAAAAACUACAAGAAAAAAAAGAAUAAUGUGUUAAGCAUGAUAAUUUUUAUACAAGACAUUUCUAAUAAAAGACUGUUUUGCUAAAA